GCCUUCCUUCAAUUCUUCUCUUUUCUUUUGUAUCUUCUCUCUACGUCUCUCAUGGCGAAAUCCUAUUUAGCUGGCAACUUUGGUAUGGCUUCAACAUUGCUGCUGUUUGGCCUUCUAAUGGCAUCCCUCGAUACCUCAAGUGCUCAAAUAGGUGUUUGUUACGGAAUGCUUGGCAACAACUUACCACCAAAGCCAGAAGUUAUAGCUCUCUACAACCAGAGAAACAUCAGCAGAAUGAGACUCUAUGAUCCAGACCAAGCUGCUCUCCAAGCUCUCAGAGGCUCCAACAUUGAGCUGAUGCUAGGGGUUCCAAAUACCGAUCUUCAGCGUGUCGCUGCCAAUCAAGCCAAUGCAAACACUUGGGUCCAGAACAAUGUUCGAAACUAUGGCAACGUUAAAUUCCGCUACAUUGCUGUUGGAAAUGAAGUCAAACCUUCAGAUCCGGUGGCACUAUUUCUAGUCCCUGCCAUGCAAAACAUUCGCAAUGCAAUUGUUGCAGCUGGCCUAGGGAACCAAAUCAAAGUUUCCACAGCAAUCGACACAGGGACGCUGGGAGAAUCUUUUCCUCCAUCAAAGGGGUCUUUUAGGUCUGAAUACAGGCCACUUCUCGAUCCCAUCAUUCGCUUCCUGGUGAACAACCAAGCCCCAUUACUUGUUAACUUGUACCCCUAUUUCAGCUACGAUGGCAACCCGGCUAUCAGCCUGGAUUAUGCUCUGUUCAGAUCUCAAAAUCCUGUCGUCUCAGAUCCUCCCUUGCAAUACCAUAACCAUUUUGAUGCCAUCUUGGAUGCUGUUUACGCUGCCCUGGAGAAGGCUGGUGGCGCUUCUAUGGAGAUUGUUGUGUCGGAGAGUGGAUGGCCAUCCGCUGGAGGUGGGGCACAGGCGGCAGCCAAUAUUGAUAAUGCAAGAACUUAUAACCAGAAUUUGAUCCAGCAUGUGAAAGGAGGUACUCCAAAGAAGCCUGGAAAGCCUAUAGAAACUUAUAUUUUUGCCAUGUUUGAUGAGAAUAAAAAACAGGGCGACGAAAUUGAAAGACAGUGGGGACUGUUUCUUCCAAAUAAGCAGCCUAAAUACCCAAUCAAUUUUAACUAAAUAGAGCUGCUGAUCAAAAUCUGUAAGAAAAGGGCAUUUCAGCCAUGCUAUAUUAUAUUUAGCGAAAUAAGAGCAUAGUGCUUAUCCCUGCUUAAGGGAGAGCAAAAUAAGCGUGUACCAGCUGCUAGAAAAUAUUCAAAAUAAUAAA